CAUAAUCUCAUUUCAGUUGCAGUUGGUCGGAGAAUCGUCGAGAUUAUCGGGCGUCCGGCGGUGAGAUGAGUUUAGUCAACACUCACAGAAGCUCUGCGCCGAUUCGUUCCCUCUCUCCUCCUUCAUCCUCCAUUUCCCGUUGCUCUCACACUUUCACUUCCUCUUCUGAUUAUGUUACGUGUGGAACACCAACUUGGAUUGGGAAGGGAAUCACUUGCAUUUGCUUCAAGCGGAAGGGAAGUUUUGAGCGAAUUUGUAUCAACCUGACUCCUGUACAGGCAAAUAGGUUAAGAAGAUUAAAGCACCGCAUGAAGGUCUACUUUGAUGGUUCAAGAAUUGACCACCAGGAGGCUUUAAGAGCUCUGUGGUAUGCAGCUUAUCCUGGUCAAGAGCUUCAAGCGUUGGUAUCAGAUCAAUGGAAGGAAAUGGGAUGGCAGGGAAGAGACCCGUCAACUGAUUUUAGAGGAGCUGGAUUCAUCUCUUUGGAGAAUUUGUUGUUCUUUGCAAAGACAUUCUCAACUUCUUUCCAACUUCUGUUGAGAAAACAAGGAGGAAAGCCAGCUGCUUGGGAAUAUCCCUUUGCAGUUGCUGGUGUAAAUAUCACAUUUAUGAUCAUGCAAAUGCUUGAUCUAGAUGCUUCAAAACCAAGGACUUUUAUCAGAUCGGUUUUCCUGCAGAUGUUGUCAGAGAAUGAAUGGGCAUUCGACUUGCUUUACUGCGUUGCGUUCGUUGUUAUGGACAAACAAUGGCUGGAGAGAAAUGCUACCUACAUGGAGUUCAAUGAUGUGUUGAAGUCCACCAGAGCUCAGUUGGAGAAAGAACUUUUAAUGGAGGAUGUGUUCAGGAUUGAAGACAUGCCUUCUUACAACCUUCUUUUAACAUUAGAUUACAGGUAGAAUAACCUGUCUCACCAUUCUCAAGGAAGUGUUAAAGUUAACUAUGUGUGUGUAUGUAUGUAGUGCGCUUUAUAUAUAUAUAUAUAUAUAUAUAUAUAUAUAUAUUUAAGGGUAAAAAUUAUUAUUUUGGUCAAUACAUUUUGAAGUUUGUUCAAUUUUGAUUUUUCUAUUCGAAUUUUUACUUUAAAUUGUUUCCUUA